UUUAGCAGUUCAGUACCUACAGGCGGCGCUCUUAUAGCUGUUCGUGCAGCGCAAUUUUUUUUCCAAGAAACCAGCAAAGUGGAGUUUUCUUGUUCAUUUCGGUAUGUGCGGGGGCGCGAUUAUCUCGGAUUACAUCGCAACAGCGAGGCCACAGAGGGUCACCGCCGACUAUCUCUGGCCGGAUCUGAGGAAGAAGAAGAAGGGAAGCCGAAAGAUUCGACGGGCGGCGUAUGAAGAUGAUUUCGAGGCUGAUUUUCGGGAAUUUGAGGACGAGACUGACGUUAACGAAGCGGUUGAUGUGGAUGACGAAGAGGAACUGAUCGAGGUGAAGCCGUUCGCGUUCCGCUCAAAUGGGCCGCCGUUAUCCCUAGGAGUUAAAGAGAGAUCAAACAUUAAAAAGAGGCCACAACUUGAUGGACCUGCUGAAAAGUUGGCCAAAAGGAAGAGAAAGAACCAAUUCAGAGGAAUCCGUCAGCGCCCAUGGGGUAAAUGGGCGGCAGAAAUCAGAGAUCCUCGCAAAGGCGAGAGGGUCUGGCUGGGGACAUACGAUACUUCUGAGGAGGCUGCCAGAGCUUAUGAUGCUGCUGCUCGUAGAAUUCGGGGUAAGAAAGCAAAAGUCAACUUCCCUGAUGAAUUCCCCCAAGCUGCUCAGAAUCAUGUGAAAUUAAAUGCACCAAAAACACAGAAACCUAAACUUUACGAUCUUACCAAUGAAUAUAAUUUCAAUCAAGUGUUUGGUUUUCCAAAUGCAUAUUACAAUGCAACCUCUAGUCCAGGGCUUGGGAAAGUGGAACUCCUGAAGCUCGAACCAGCUACUUCAUCACCAACUCUGAAAGCUCUCUCCCCUUCUCAGGAAGUUCCAAAUUUCCUCUCUGAACAGGAAAGCAACUCUCUGAAUUCCUCAGACUUUGGCUGGGAACAUGAAGCUAAUAUGCCUGAGAUCACAUCAAUUCCUGCUUCCAUUGUUGAAAAUCUAGAAUCUGGAUUUCUGGAAGAAAGCGAACAGAAGAAGAAACUCAAAAACAAUUCUGGUGAGGCAGUUUCAGCUGAUCAGGAUGCUGCAAUAGAACUCUCCGACGAGUUGUCAGCUUUCGAGCCAUAUAUGAAGUUCGAGCCUUUCCUUGAAGGAGGCUCAGAUCUAUCCUUUGAUUUUCUUCUUGGUGCUGAUUUAACUCAAGAUGGAAUCAAUUUCGUGAACCUUUGGAGCUUUGAGGAUACACCAAUGGCAGAAGGUGUCUUCUAAAGGCAUCUUAACCUGCUAAGGUAUUGCGGUAGAUAACGAGAUAAGUGGUUCAUUUUUAUGGAAUUAAAAUGGAGAACCAGAAAUGUUAGCCAGCUGUGAUGUGUUUCAUUGAACUGUGUUCUUUGGAACAAAUUUGAGGUUCCAUCCCUUAAAACUUUAUAUAGUAGUGUUUAUAUGUGAUGCGUUGCUUAGAACAUGGAGGAUAUAUAUUUAUGUAUUGUUUGUAUGUAGUUGUCUGUGGAACUUUUCAGUGCUACUCAUGAUUUGUGUUCCUUUGUGUUCCUGAAGAUUUUCUCUAAGGGGACAUUUGGCUCUGCUUGAA